AGGAAAAAAAAAAAAAAAAAGUUAUUUUGGUUUGCCAAUCUCUAUGUGCCAGAAGUGAUUACGUAAAUGGUUUUCAUGGUUUCCUCCACUUUGUACGCCAACAACCUGAGUUGUCUUCCAACUUGUUUAGGUUGUGUUGUUCAAUGUCAAGUGUUUUCAGUGAAGCAGCUCCGAAGGAAGUCCAUCGAAUGGCGCCGACCCACAAGUUCUUCCAGAAUGUUUGCUUCUUUGGCAGAUGAUAUCAGAAGCCAUGAGAGCAUAAGCAUCAGAAAAGAUGGUGACAUGGCCAAUAAAUGCCGGCAUGCUAUCACAAGCAAGCAUGAAUAUUCAUCAAAACCAGAGGAUGACAAUUCGACGAGCUUUGUUAAUCUGCUUUCUAAGCAAUUGGAAGCUUUCUACUUGUUUUCUCGUCCUCACACUGUGAUUGGCACGAUUGCAGGGAUAUUAUCGGUUUCUCUUCUUCCUUUAGAAACAAUUGCGGAUCUUUCUCCCACAUUCUUUAUGGGUUUAUUGAAGGCAUUGGUACCCUCAAUGUUCAUGAACAUUUACGUUGUGGGUUUGAAUCAAUUGUUCGAUGUUGAAAUAGACAAGGUUAACAAACCUAAUCUCCCUAUCGCUUCCGGUGACUUCUCGAUGGGAACCGGAAUUACGAUCGUUGCAACAUGUUUAGCGAUGAGUUUUGCUAUGGGGAUCAUCUUCAAAUCACCACCACUUUUUGCUGCACUUCUCGUGAGUUUUCUGCUUGGGAGUGCAUAUUCCAUUGAACUUCCUUUGCUCAGAUGGAAGAGGCACGCAUUUCUUGCUGCAACUUGCAUCCUUAUUGUGAGGGCUGUUGUUGUUCAACUUGCUUUCUUUUUACACAUCCAGACAUACGUGCUUGGUAGACCAGUCAUGAUAACAAAAUCAUUGGUCUUUGCUGCAACUUUCAUGUGCUUCUUCUCUGCUGUCAUUGCAUUAUUCAAGGACAUACCUGAUGUCGAUGGUGAUAGAGAGUUUGGCAUUCAAUCAUUCAGUGUUAAGCUGGGUCAAGAAAAGGUAUUUUGGCUUUGUGUUAACAUGCUAUCAAUGGCAUACGGGGCUGCUGUGGUGACAGGGGCUUCUUCAUCAUUCCUUCCAAGCAAGCUUGUUACUACAUUAGGGCAUUUGGCCCUUGCUUCCUUCCUGUGGGUUCGAGCUCAAACAGUUGAUCUUACCAGUAAAGAAUCAGUAACUUCUUUUUACAUGUUCAUAUGGAAGUUGUUCUAUGCCGAGUACUUCCUCAUUCCUUUUGUAAGGUGACAAGAAUUGUAGGGUACGAGAAUUAAUACAACAAAUGAUGCUGCUUUGUCUCUGCCUAAUGGCUCUUCCCUGCAAGAAAAUAUCAUUUCUCAGAAGAUAGAUUACCAUGUUCUCAUUUAUGCUGUGAUGACGAUGAUGAUGAUGAUAACUUUUGUUCUGUAAUAUUAUGAGUUGUGGGGGUAAAUCGUUGAUUAGUGCUGUAAUAUUAUGAGUUCUAAAUACCCAUUAAAGACAACAGAUUUCAAUGUUAUGUGUUAAAAUAUUGAUUAUAUAAUUAAAUAAAUUAUUUUUU